AGGGAGGGACAGGGGAGGAGAGAGAGAGAGCGGGAGAAAGAGAGGGAGAGUGAGAGAGAGAGGGGAAGGAUAUAUUGAGUCAAAGCAGCUCUGCUUGCUCCUCAGUGUUGUGAGAGAAGAGACAGAGGACGUGUGAGAAGACAAGAUGGAGCGCUGGAACAGAUGAAGACUGUCACUGGUCCCAUCCGGCGGUCCACAUGAGCGUAUCGAAACCUCCUCCGCCCCACUCCCACUUCGCCCCCCCACCUGACUCUUCCACCUCCUCCCAUCUCUCCAUCCCUCCUUCCUCCUCCACCCCAUCCUCCCCCGCACCUUCUCGUGCCACCUCCUCUGCUCCCAGAUCUCUCCCUCCUCCCUCUCCAGUCAAGAUCUCCAUGCAGGAGCACUUUGCUAUCAACGUGUGUCCCGGGCCCAUCAUGCCUAUCCCGCAGAUCUCUGACUUCUUCCCGCGCUUCCACGACUUUCCCAUGACGCCGCCCCCGCCCCGGGAGAAGAAGAUCCUGAAGGAACCCGAUUUCGGAUUGAACAAUGGAGGGGAGACGGACGGAGAGAAUAAGGAGAAGGAAAGGAAACCCAUCGAGGUGGACCGGGGGGAGAGGCAAGAAGGGGCGGAUUCAGACGACGAUGAUGAAACUUAUUUGGGCACCCUGGAGUUCACCCUGCUCUUUGAUCACGAGAACAACUGUCUACACUGUACAAUCCACAAGGCCAAGGGACUAAAGGCCAUGGACUCCAACGGACUGGCCGAUCCAUACGUCAAGCUCCACCUCCUGCCUGGAGCAAGCAAGGCGAACAAGCUCCGCACCAAAACACUGAAGAACACUCUGAACCCGGUAUGGAGCGAGACGCUGAUGUACCACGGCAUCACCGCUAUCGACAUGACCACCAAAACCCUCAGGCUGUGUGUGUGCGACAUGGACAGGCUCGGUCGUAACGAGUUUAUCGGAGAGGUCCGUGUCGCCUUGAAGAAACUGAGCAAGGGCGAGAGCAAAAGAUUCAAAAUGGGUCUGGAGAGAAUUACACAGAACAAAGAUAUCAACAAAGAAACCGUGGAGCAAGGAACUCCUGUGGCUGAGGAAGAGCGUGGUCGUAUCCUGGUGUCGCUGUGCUACAGUCCAGAAAAGAGCUGUCUACUGGUUGGCAUCGUACGCUGUGCCCACCUCGCUGCUAUGGACUCCAAUGGGUACUCUGACCCCUUCGUCAAGAUUGUGCUGCAGCCUGAUAUGGGGAAAAAGUCCAAGUACAAAACCACAGUGAAGAAGAAAACUCUCAAUCCCGAGUUUAAUGAGGAGUUUGUGUAUGAAGUUCCACACGACCAGCUGGCGAAGAAAACCCUGGAGAUCUCUGUAUGGGACUACGAUCUGGGGAUGAGCAACGACUUCAUAGGCGGAGUUGAACUGGGCAUAAAUGCCAAGGGAGUGAGGCUGAAACAUUGGUUCGAGUGUCUCAAACACAUCGGCAAGAAAGUUGAGUACUGGCACACCCUCACACAGCAAGGAGCCCCUCCGGAGGCCCCCCCGCAGUGACUGACAUACACACACACUUUAUCGCAAUUAUUAAACGAUAAUCAAUGAAUGGUGAAGAAGGAAAGAAAUAAUAAAGUAAUAAAGUAAUAAAGUGAUAAAACAUGCAAUAAUGAUAUGGAUAAUGAUGAUAUAAUAAUAACAAUAAUAAUAGUAAUUAUAAUACAAAUCAUAAUAGUAGGUAAUUAUCCCAAUGUAGCUUUUUUCUAAGUAAAUACAUUUGUGAAAAUGUCCCUCAAUGAAAUGUUUAAUGUGAAGGUGCAAACAAAUUUGACCUUAGCCCUCAAUAUUGUGAAGUCACUGGUAUUUCAGUCAUUCAAAUGUACACAUUAAUAGUGUAGAAUAUCUUACCUGCACUGUAACUACAAUACUGGAACAGUCUGUAAGCACCUUUGGGCCCAUUGCCCAACAAGGUCUUGUUACGAACGUUGUAGUCACAUGUUGUUUCUACUAGGGAUGUAGUUGAAAAAGGCGGGUAAGAGUGCUGAACGUCUGGUUGAGAUGACUGGCGUCUAGCAACGCUAAUGCUAACUGCUAUAACACUUCUAGGAUGGGUAACUGCAUACUUGGUGUGUCUCUGAAAGUGGCUGCGGCGAAUAAAGUGGGUGGAUCAACAACGAUGGGGGUAACAUCAGCGCUCUGUUAUUGGUUAGACGGUUUUGACCGAGCGGUGUUGUUUUGCGUUUCUUACCAUGCAACUACCAUACCGCAAGUGUUUGGACUUCAGUUUUGAAGCCAGAAGAUGAGCGCAAAUUGUAUUUCACUGCUACAAAUAUUUUUAUAUUUUCAGUGAAUAAAACUGACAACUUAGAAUUUUUUAUUAAAAGUACUAAUGAUGGGUGUACUGUUGCUUGAAUGAGAUGUCUGUGUGUGCUUACUGUGACUAUCACCCUGAUGUUGGCUACACUAGGUAGCUACAGUGAGGGAAAAAAGUAUUUGAUCCCCUGCUGAUUUUGUACGUUUGCCCACUGACAAAGAAAUGAU